AUGAUGAUUGGCAAUGUGUGGACGCUGAUUGGUCGAGAUGGGUGGAGUCACGUGGUCAUGGAUGGUCUUUCGGGAGCUGCUGGUUGGCUGCUCGUCCAGGAUAUCAAAUGCUUGCCACUUGAGUGGCCAGAGACGGAGUGGCCUGACGGUGGAUGGGUUCAGGCAAGAGUAGAUGAUUACUUUUGUCUGAGCUCUGAUUUGAUGAGGCGGAUAUGGAUGACCCAGGCUGGUUUUGGUGCUGGUGUUGGUUUUGGUUUUGGCUUUGUGACUCGUACUCGGACUCGGACUCUGGUGCUUUUGCCAGGUUUAUGCAAGCAAGGGAACUAUGAUUUAGGUGCGUCGGGAGCUCUGACCACAACGAGCUAA